GGGAAAGCGAUAUCGGGCGUCAGUGGUGACGGCUGGAGCAAUCGCGACUGCAAUGGCAUGGUGAAAUUUGUCGGGUUCGCAGUCCGGCACGAGUAUCAAAUGUAGAAAUGUCUGGGUCUGGGAGUUUACCAGGUUUGUCAUGCAUAUUUUACAUGACUCAGGAUGUCUGUAAUGCAUGAUCUGGCAUCACAUAUUUUUCGAGGCCUUCGUAACGCCUAUCCCGCAUGACAAAUGCCCUCCCCGCGUAGCACAAACUGGGCUCCUAUUGCUGGUCAUGCAAGACAGAUUUUUUUAGAGUCCAAAGUUAGCAUCACAAGUUCCAACCUUCCAGACCCAGACAUUUUUACAUUUGAUAACGAGCUAGAUCAGCCGAUGAAUCCGAUGAAAAUCUGCAAGAACCUGUUUGUGGCGCAGUCACUGACCAACCGGGUCCUAUCCUGCGCAAAAGUAUCGUACUCGUAUUGCAAUCAUGCAUUACAAAUCAAAUUUUGUUUAUAGGUAAAUCCGCAUUACAAAUUUUAUUUCUCAUGCUGAGAAAAUUUGUAAUGCAUUUAUACGAGUACGAUACUUUUGCAGUUCAUAGGUCCAAAGCCUCGUCGACAAUGCGCUCAGUGCGCCAAGUCGCGAACGAUAAGGAUAUAAACUCACUCAUCGCAAAUAGCAUGACAAAUAGCAGCAGAAGUAGUAAAUAUGUAGCUAUGGUGCACACGACCUCCGCUGCAUAUGAUGCAUUCAUUUUUUCCAGCUGAAGUUGUAAUUCGAAAAAACCAAUAAGGUUUGCUCUUUUCCAGGACGAAGUAAAAAUUUAGAGCUCAUGGAGCUACAGCUAGUGCUAGUGCUACAGUAUACAAGUACAAGUAAAACAACUCCUGC